CGAGCUAGUCAGAGGAGAGUUUGGAUGACGAGGACCAGACGGACGAUGGAGGAGGCGUCGGACCGACAAGAAGACGGACGAUGGAGGAGGCGUCGGACCGACAAGAAGUUGGAUUUUUUUUUUUGGUACACUUAAAGGGUCGUAUCAUUUGGUGGGGGUGAAAGAGAGUGGCAUUAUUGAGGAGGGGCCAAGAGAGGCGCAUUUGAGGAGGGCAUCGCAUCCCAUCUCAUCCCAUGGCACAGUGGCGUUUGGCCGGUCAGGUGACUGUGUACGAGUAGAAAGACCUCUAGUGGCUGCCGACACAUCGAAUGGAAUUGUUGAUGUGUCACCGUAGGACUUCCCUUUCCGUCACCUCUUGAGUCCAUUCCUCCUCUCCACACCCAAGCGGCUAUUUUCAUCGCAGCUCACCAACACCAAACCACCACUACUCCGGCGAGGCGACCGGCGGAGUGUUCUGUUCUGUCUGCAGAGAGAUGGAGGUGGCCUUCGGCUCGGCCAAGUCGCUCCUCGGCAAGGUGUUGACGACGCUGUCCGACGGCCUGGUGGCGGCGUACGUGGACAGCCUCCAGCUGGGCCACAACUCGGAGCAGAUCAGGGACAAGCUACUGCACACGCAAGGCCUGCUGCACAACGCCCAGGGGAGCCACGCCGGCGACAACCCCAACCCUGGCCUGCAGGGGUUGCUGGAAAAGUUGAGCAGGGACGCCGACCAGGCAGAGGACUUGCUGGAUGAGGUCCACUACUUUCAGAUCCACGACAAGCUCCACGGCACCCUCUACGCCACCACCCAAGAGGCCGGCCAUCAAGCUCUCCAUGCUGGUACUGCUCUUCGCCACACCCUAGGCAGCUUGGUCCACUUCUUUUCUUGCUCGCGUACACCCAAGACCAAGAGGGAUGGAGGUAGUGAUGCUGCUGCUGCUGUUACCGGCCGCGUCACCAAAAGGUCCAAAGCCAACUCUGCUACUGCUCAUGGUGAUGACAUGCUGCAUUUCGACCGAUUGUCCAUGUCCAGAAAAAUCAAGUCCCUGUUACUGGGCAUGGAGUCCCACUGUGACUCCGUCUCCAAUUUGCUCAUCGGCAGUAUCUCAAGAAACAGCACGGCAGUCGUCCUACAUCGGCCUCAGACUGCUUCCAUGAUUAUACAAGACACGUUGUAUGGCAGGACAGACAUUUUUGAGGAAACUGUCAACCGUAUCACCACUGGUACGCAGACCGAGACUGUUUCUGUUCUUCCUAUAGUUGGUCCAGGGGGUAUUGGCAAGACAACUUUCGCCCAACAUCUGUAUAAUGAUGGCAGGACUGAAGAGCACUUCCGAGUCAGGGUCUGGGUAUGUGUAUCCACUGAUUUCGAUGUGCUUAAGCUCACCAGGGAGAUCCUUGCCUGCAUACCCACAAAGGAAGAAGAAGGAGGAAGCAGCAGUGUUGCAGAUGAAACAACCAAUUUAGAUCAUCUUCAGAGAUCCAUUGCGCGCGGUCUCAAGUCCAAGAGGUUUCUAAUUGUCUUGGAUGAUAUAUGGAAAUGUGACAGUGUGGACCAGUGGAAAACCCUGUUAGCUCCGUUCACAAAGGGGGAAACCAAAGGAAGCAUGGUACUUGUCACAACCCGAUUCCCAAAUCUGGCAAAAAUGGUGGGAACAGUUGAUUCACUAGAACUGGCAGGUUUGGAGCCUAAUGACUUCUUCACAUUCUUUGAAGCAUGUAUAUUUAAUGGUGAAGAAGACAAACCUGACCAUUACGAAGAUGAGUUUGAUGGUAUUGGACGAAAAAUUGCAAACAAGCUAAAGGGUUCCCCAUUGGCAGCCAAAACAGUUGGUAGACUAUUGCAUAAGCACCUUUCUCAGGAACACUGGAAUGGAGUUCUUGAAAAGCAUCAGUGGCUAAAGCAGCAAAGAAGUGAUGAUAUCAUGCCAUCUUUAAAAAUUAGCUACGAUUGCCUCCCUUUUCAUCUGAAGAAAUGCUUUUCCUAUUGUGGCCUUUUCCCUGAAGAUCAUAGGUUUACUUCUUCAGAAAUCAAUCAUUUCUGGGAUGCAAUGGGCAUCAUAGACUCUAAUCACCAAGCCGGCAGGGAUUACUUGGAAGAACUAGUGGACAAUGGUUUUCUCAUGAAGGUAUUCGACUGGGCUGAUCGAUCCUCCUAUGUAAUGCACGAUUUAAUGCAUGAGCUAUCUAAGAGUGUUUCUGCACAAGAAUGCCUCAGUAUAAGUGGCUUAGAUUUCAGAGCUGAUGCCAUCCCACAAUCGGUACGACACUUAUCUAUCAACAUAGAAGACAAAUAUGAUGCAAAUUUUGAGGAAAAAAUGUGUAAACUAAGGGAGAGGAUAGACAUUGCUAAUCUGCGGACUUUGAUGAUUUUUAGAGGAUAUGAAGAAAGGAUCACCAAGAUUUUGAAAGAUAGCCUCAAGGAAAUAAAUAGUCUGCGUGUCCUAUUUAUACCAGUGAACAAUCCAGAAUCUUUUCCACACAGAUUUUCAAAACUUAUCCACCUCCAGUACCUCAAAAUUAGUUCAUCUCACAAUGACAUCGAAAUGAGGUUACCUAGUACACUGUCAAGAUUUUAUCACUUGAAAUUCUUGGACCUAGAUGGUUGGAAUGGCCGUUCUGAUUUGCCUGAAGACUUUAGCCACCUUGAGAAUUUACAUGCUUUCCAUGCUACAGGUGAACUCCACUCCAAUAUUCGCAAUGUCGGAAAGAUGAAGCAUCUGCAGGAGCUAAAAGAAUUCCAUGUCAGGAAUGGGAGCAUGGGAUUUGAGCUGUCAGAACUUGGGGCAUUGACAGAGCUUCAAGGAGGACUGAUUAUACGUGGUCUUGAACACGUGGCAAACAAGGAGGAAGCUGCUGCAGCAAAACUGAAGUUGAAAAAGAAUCUGAAGGAGGUGGAAUUACUCUGGGGCAGAGACGGACCAACUACAGAUGCUGAUAUCCUUGAUGCUCUUCAGCCACACUCGAAUCUUAGAGCACUUACAAUUGCAAAUCAUGGUGGUACCGUCGGUCCUAGUUGGUUGUGUCUUGACAUCUGGUUAGCAAGUUUAGAGACUCUCACUCUAGAAGGCAUAUCUUGGAGCACCCUCCCACCUUUUGCGAAGCUACCAAAUCUCAAGCGACUCAAAUUGAAGAAAAUUUCUGGAAUGCAUCAGUUUGGGCUUCGAUGUGGUGGCGCUCCAGGGAAAUGUUCUAUGCGCUUGAACAGAGUCGAGUUUUAUGAGAUGCCGGAACUUGCUGAAUGGGCUGUGGAACCUAAUUGCCAUUCCUUAACAAGCAUUGAAAAUAUCAUAUGCAUCGAUUGUCCCAAUGUCAGUGUGAUGCCCUUCUCAGAGGUAUCUUGCACCAAUUUGCGCGGACUUCAAGUUUCUGGGUGCCCAAAGAUGUCUCUGCCCUCCAUGCCUCACACCUCCAUACUGACAGAUUUAUAUGUUAAAGGAGGUGAUUCAGAAACGUUGUUGUCUUAUGAUGGAAAGCUAUUGGCUGUUAGUGGGUAUGGCGGUGCUUUGGCCUACCACAAUAUGGAUAAACUAGAAGAUAUGGCUAUUAAAAAUGUAUCGUGCAUAUCAAUGCAGUUCCCAUCAUCCAGCUCACUGCAGAAACUUAGCUUUAGAGACUGCAAGGGCCUGGUUCUUGUGCCUGUGGAGAAUGGAGGAGAAAUUCAGGAGGACAACUCAUUGCUCCAAUCAAUAACAACAUGGGGAUGUGGCGAAUUGUUCUUUCGGUGGCCCAUGGCCAUGGGAGAAUCAGAGACCAUUUACCCUUUCCCUGCUCCCCUGAGGAAACUUGAUGUUUGGGGCGAGCAAAGCAUGAAGUCGAUGGCUCUGCUCUCAAACCUCACGUCUCUCACCAGUCUAAGCCUAAUAAGUUGCGGUAAAUUAACGGUGGAUGGGUUCAAUCCUCUCAUCACAGUCAACCUCAAAGAACUGCAAGUUACCAGCAGCAGCACCUUAGCAGCAGAUCUGCUCUCAGAGGUGGCAAGGACCAAAUUAUUGCCUGCAGGUUACGUGUCUAGAUUGGAGAAGCUCAUUGUGGAUAACAUCUGUGGAUUGCUUGUUGCUCCUAUUUGCAGCCUCCUCGCCCCGAGCCUCCACACACUUGAAUUCCAGUAUGAUGGGAGGGUGAAAAGCUUGACGGAGGAGCAAGAGAAAGCGCUGCAGCUCCUCACCUCCCUCGAGAAACUACAUUUUCUCUGGUGCUAUGGUCUGCAGUCCCUUCCUCAAGGGUUACAUCGCCUUUCUUCUCUCAAGGAGUUACAUGUCGUUGGGUGUCUAAAAAUCCAGUCGAUGCGCAAGGAGGGCCUCCCGGUUUCGCUGCAAAAACUAGAGAUGAAUUGGCGCAGUGCUGAGAUAGACGAGCAGAUUGAGAAAAUCAAAAGAACCAACCCACAUUUAUCCGUCGAAGAAUAACUAACACCCAAGACUGGCAGGUUCCACUCCACCACACAAGUUGUCAAACCUGCACAUUAAUCAGCACAUGUGGGAUACAAACCAACCGGCUCUUCAUUCCGCGACGCUUGCUGUUAACUCUUCAUUCUGCUACAUGAACUGAGGGAGGAAUCAAGGAAUUACCAGGCUUGUGCUCUUUUUUCGCAUGAAGCAGCAGGGGUGAACAGGCCAAUUUAACUGUUGGCGGUUCUUUUCUUACCAUGAAUGAAUGAAUAAAGUGCCUUUAUUUCCUCUUUCUUGAGUCCUUUGCUUUGACAGGAAGGAUGAUGCUGCCUGCUGCUUUGGUAAAAAGCAACUGAUAUAAUAUCAUAUACUGUACUCUCUAGUAGUAGUACGUACUAUGUAGUAGAGAGGGCUGUCGUGUCUUGUCUUGGUGGUGCAGGAUGGUACUAUGAAUGUAACCUUCCUAGUAUAUAUAGUAUCGUGAAGUGAAAUUGAGUUGAGUAUGCUUUCCAAUUUGUUUGAUUCUUGAAAAAUGGAGUAGCAGAGAGUUACACUCUACGUACAAUUUUGGGACGGAGGGAGUAGCAGAGAGUGCUGUUCUGUCUUGUCUUGGUGGUGCAUUUAUUUUACAGAAUGGUAUUUAUCGUCAAGUGAAACUGAAUUGAGUUGAGAAGAGAGAAUGCUUUCCAAUUUGUUUGGUUCUUGAACCUAUUUGGCCUGAUACUGAAUUAUUCCUCUAGGACCGGAGCAACGAGAAUUGUGCUUGGGCAGAGUACUGAAAGUAUUGUACCCGGCUGCAAUCUUGCAUGGAGAUUGCAUGCAUACAGGUUUAGGUUUCAUUGGCUGGCAUUUAUCCUUCACACAAAGAAUAUCGACAUAAGUGAUGGCUCGCAGUGGGCUUUGUGGAUGCAGCAGCGAACAGAACAGAGCAUUCCAAGAAGGGACAUCCAAAGGUGCGAGGUGGUUAUUGGGAUUCAGCGUCAGCCUCGCACGACUUGAGAAGCAAUUUUUUUGUGUAUUCGCCUCUGUAAAUUAAAUUGGCAGAAUUGUGUUUUUUCCCCAGUGUCCUGAUCAUGAUCGAUUUUGUUCCGUGAACUGAUCGAUCGAUGAUGCCAAUGUUGUUCGGUGUAACUGAUCGAUCGAUGAUGCCAACGAUGAUGGCCAGUACAUUCACCAUCUGCAACUGGAGGUUGUGUGGUUUGAUGGGGAAAAGAAGGCCAUAUCUCUCGGA